GCACCACACAUCCAGGUAGGGGGGGGACGACAACAGGAGAUGCAUCGUGCCCCUGGGCAGGGUGUCAAGGGACAGAGCUGAGUGGAGGGAGAGGCCAGGAGAAGCACCAGGGUGUGUUCCCAGGAUGCUCUUUGUUUUCCCUUGGUGUUGUAUGUCAGACAUGCUGGCGGCAGGGGGGCAGUCUCGCUGUCCAUGAUCAGCCCAGCUGUGUGCCAGGACAGUCGCCUUCCCCCUGGGCUGGGACAAGCACUGUGGUACAAUAAAUGCGUUAAUGUGAUCCCUACCACCCCAUUGUUCCCUGGCCUGGCUGAAGAGCUGCUGGCUAGACCCUUCUCCAGAUUCCCUUUGGCUCUGUUUAAAGAAAGAGUGCACAAUGGUCCAUAAGCUACUUAAGUGUCCCUCUAAAUGCAAGAACUAAGAAUUACACAGAGCUUUGAUUACUUGUGUAAUAUUUCAUCUGUGGUCUAUGCAUACCUGUCAACCUUGUGAGUCCCAGAUGUUACUCCUGGGGGGAAUUCUGUGCCAAACAACAACAAAAAAUUUGUGAACACAAUAUUUUCAAAUUCUGCAUAUUUUAUUUGUCAAAAUAACACAAUGUAAUCACAUCAGUUUCAAUUAUUUUUGGUGAUUAAUUUCAAAGUACCUGUCAACAAGUAUGUCUGUAACAAUACAGACAACAAAAAAGAUUCAGGAAAUGUUUUUUGACAAAUGGAUUCUUUAUUAGGCAUAUUAAUACAGAACUCUGAGUAAAUAAAUCAUUUAAACUACAAUAUAGAGCCAUAUUUCCCGCACCACUCAGCAGCAGUGCAAAGGUUUGGGGAAGUCAGGAGUAACAAAGGAGCUGAGAGAGAGAGAAGUAAUUGCUGGGAAGGAGCCUGGGUGUGAACUUGUAGGGCUGUUGGGUAUGGGUGGGAAAAGUAUGGAAGAUUUGGUGGCGGGGCUGGGAGGGAUUGUUAGGGAUCUUCCCCCAUGCAGAUCCUGGCUGACCCCUAGCCUCUCCCAUUAAAUCAGGCACAUCUGUCCCUGCACCCCCAUUGUUCCUUGCACCACCUGUCGAUGUGUCCUUCCAGCCCCACUCAGACACCAAUUCCCCCCAUCCCCAUGUGGCCCUGCACCUCCACUCCCACUCAGCCUCUCUCCCGGGCUGUCCUCCCCACUAGCCCUUAUGAGACCCUGUUUAUGACGCCCCCCACCCCCGGCAGGCCCAUCCUGUUUGUCUCCCCAUAUUCCCCAGUAUCUUGACCUGGCCUGACAGGCAUUGUGAAGAAGGCAGGUUCUUUCUCUUCCCUAGCUGGUUGGGAGCUGCUGCUCUGUUCUGGUGCCAUAGCACCCUCUGGUGGGCAAAAAGCAGAACUGCAGGAACUUUUCGGCAGAAGCUUUUUUCUGUGCAAAAAAUUAAAAAUAUGGGUGGCUCAUUUAAUUAUGCAUGUACAGUGGCGUAGAAUUCCCGCAAGAGUAAGAUAUGAGACAAGAAUUAAAAAUGGGAGAGUCAAAAAUAGCCAAUCAGAAAUGUGGCAGAGCAUUUAACAUAAAUCACAAUUUCUGUAACUUUGUUCCUGAAUUAGAAUUUUUGCAGUAAAUCACUUGUGGUAAUGGAAGUGAGGAAAUAGCAAGUAGAUGUUUGGAUAAUGGUAAAAAUGUGUCUAAAGGGAUGCUGCGUCUAUUGAAGUCAAUGGUAAAAUACCCUUGACUUCAGUGGGAGUGAGAUCAGGCUUAUAAUAAGGAAUAGAUGAGAGGUAUAGGCCUGUGUAGUAGAAAAGUUGCAUAUAUGGCUUUUAAAAUAAUUUUGUGUGUGUAUGUUAAAGGACUUGAUUCAACGCUUUAGAAAUGAAGGGGGAAUCUCACUUACUGGAAAUUAAAGUGCUGAUUCAAGAGCUGGUGAAAAAAGACACCUCAUCAAAUGUAACUGAGAUCAUUGACAAACUGUUCAGUGAGAUAGAAUGUGUGGAUAACGAGGCUGGGAAUGAGAUUCAUGAGGUUCAGAUUGAAGAAAGUGCAAUAAGCCUAUGGAAUUGGGCUGUGACUAACCGAGUAGAUUCAGUCAUCAAUGAUGAGCAAAGAGCGAAAUUGCGCCAUGUUUCUUGCAGGCUAGUGUGCCUGUGUGAAGGCAGCGAUCCUCCAGAGGAGAUGGUGCGAAGGCAGAUUUUGAUGACCAUGAAGACUGGAAAAGGGUGGGUGGAUGUUGGAAAAGCCGCCCUUGGUGAUGGAUUUCUUGUGAUUGCCAUAAAUAGUCUAGAAAAACUAUAUGCCCAAUUAAUGAAGAGGAGCAGUGGUGAGGCAGAUAUUCAGGUGCACAAAGCUGAUGUAGAGAAGGACCUGUUCAAAGUACUGUCUUAUCAGGCUGAAUCAGCAGUUGUUCAAGGGUAUUUUCAGAAAGCAGUGACAUGUUUGCAACGCUGCAAAGAUAUGUUGACAAGGCUGCCAAAACAGACCUGUUAUCUAUCAAUCCUCUGCUAUAACUUUGGAGUGGAAACCUAUGAACAGAAGGGGUAUGAACAGAGCUCCUUCUGGCUCAGCCAGAGCUAUGAUAUUGGGAAAAUGGAUAAGAAGUAUUCUCCUGGGGAAGAAAUGCAGGCUAAAGUGCUGCGGUUAUUAGCCACUGUCUAUUUGGAGUGGGAUUGCGAACAGUAUCAAGACAAGGCUCUCAGGGCUAUAAGCCUGGCUAACGAGGAGAAUAUGCAUCCAGCUGGGUUUUUCUUGAAAAUUAAAAUCCUUCUGAAAAGUGGAGCAUCUGAUGAAGACGUCAGGACAGCUGCUGCUGAACUUCUGCAUCAUGAAGUGUCACUAGAUUUCUGUUUGAACACUGCUAAGCUGCUUCUGGAACAUGAGAGGGAAUUCGUUGGUUUUGAUUUUCUGAAGUCCAUCUCUGGGCGGUUUGCGUUGUCACCUGACCUCGGAAAAAUCAUUUUACUCCACAUCGAGUUUCUGUUACAGAGGAUGAAGGAGCCUCUAGCCAAGCAAAAAAUUGAAGACAUCAUUACAGGUCACUAUACUGGAAAACAGCUGUCACCUGAAAUACUGAACCGGCUGCACAUCAUUCUGUGGGACAGAGCUGCCAAGAGCUAUGAGGCAAAAAACUACUCUGAAGCCCUUCAGUGGUAUAACUAUUCUCUCAGCUUCUAUUCAUCUGAGCAGAUAGAUCAGAACUUGGCUAAGUUGCAGAGGAAUAUGGCUUCCUGCUACUUUCAUCUGAAACAACUUGAAAAAGCAAAAGAGGCAGUGAAGGAGGCAGAGAGGUGUGAUCCCAGCAGCAUCUUCACUCAGUUCAGUGUGUAUAAGGUUGCGGUCUUGGAGGGUAACACUGAAAAAGCUGUGGAGGCAGUUGUUGCAAUGGGGAAGUUAGCAGCAAAACCAGCUCAGCAUGAAGAUAAGCUACUAGCAGAUGGAAGUGCAGCCACCAGCCUUCUGAGUUUAGCUGCCCAGAUUGCUUUAGAGACUGAACAACAGGCUGUGGCUAUCAAAGCUUUGGAGUAUUUAUCUCAGCACUCACAAGAUUGCCAACAAGUGUUCACAGCUUUAAAGUGUUUGGUUCGCCUUGUGUUGUCAAAAGUCAUGGCAGAACCCAAAGAGAAUAGGACUAAAUAUAUGGACAUGCUUGUGACUUACUUGACCUCAGCACAUCAGAGACUUGCUGAGUCUUUCACAGAAGGGAGUAUGACACUGGACAUGAGGACCCGUGAGGCUCACUGGUUUAGAAAAAUAGCUUGGAACUUGGCUGUACAGUUCGAGAACUGCCGAGGAACAAUGAGGGAUUUCUUUGUACUGUCGUUCAAGUUCUCCCAGUUUUGUCCAUCUGAUACAGCUGUUCUGAUUGCCCAGAAGACAUGCUUGCUGUUGGCUGCAGCAGUUGAUCUGGAAAUGGGGCGAUGCAGUUUAACACUCACUGAACAGAUUGAGCUUCUGUCUCAGGCCCUUCAUCACAUCCAGGCAUGCAGGGAAAUCUGGAAUGUUCUGAAGCUAACAGGAGAUUUCUCCAAAGACCCAACAGACACAUUGCUGCUGGUUUAUGAAUUUGAAGCAAGAGCCAAACUCAAUGAUCCAGAACUGGACAGCCUGCUGGAAUUGGUGUGGGAACUGCCACAAAUAGAGACUAAGAUUCUAGAAACCAUUGCUUCAUUAGCGAUGGAGUCUCCUGCUUAUUAUCCCUCUGUGUGUAAGAGGGCCCUCAAGAGCGCUCUGACCCUUCAUAGGAAACAGGAAGCCAUUGAUGCUGUGAGAGUCAGCAAAUGUCUGCACAGCUUGGUUCACCUUUCUCUGCCAACUGGAGUGACAGACACAGAUGCUUGUGUGCUGGAGGAGGUGUGGGGCUACUUUGAAGACGCUCUGAGCAUUGUAGGCACCACAGAUGAUUACCCAGAGGUGGAGACCCUUUGGCUGAUGACCAGAGCCUGGAAUACAGGAAUAUUUCAGUACAGUGUUGGUAAAUACAAGGAGGCUGAGCACUGGUGUGGGCUGGGUAUGCGCUUUCUGAAUCACCUGAGAUCCCUGAAGAGCAGCUACGAAAGCCAGAUGACUGGUCUUUACAGUGAGGUGCUGGAUAAGUUGGACAGAGCAAAAGGGUUCCUUCCAAAUGAAGACCACCACUAGGUGCAGCAAGCCAGGAGGAUGGCACCCCCGUAAACAUUCAGCUGGAUAGCAGAGGCUGCUUGCCGUUCAGCGAUUGCUGGGACCAGCAGCCAGGCCCUGCUCCCGUUGGCCAUUUUAAAGCUAUGUACUUUUAAGGAAGUUUUUAUAGGCGAGAUGUAACUGUUUCCCGUCAGGGACUUGUAUUCAUGCUAUAGAGCUAUGUAACAGUAAGAAGCUGAGUUGUAACUUAAUGAGAUGGGGCUGCUGUUGUAGAGCCAGGCUAGUUUAAAUGUUUAAAGGUUGGAAGUAGCAAUGUGACCAAUAAAAGGGUUCCAGCACCAUGUGCAUCUUG